AUGCAGAGCGCAAGCGACCAAAUCUCCGCCGUCUCCGUAAAUCAUCUGGAGUUUGCGUACCCCGACGGGCGCCCUGCCCUGCGCGGCGUCGAUCUGUGCAUACAGCCCGGCGAGAAGGUCGCAAUCCUCGGUCCAAACGGCGCUGGCAAGUCAACCCUGCUGCUGCACCUCAACGGCCUGCUGCACGCGGGGAGCGGCGAUGUAACUAUCCUGGGGCGAGAAGUUCGGGAAGGCGACAAGCGCGGCUUGCAGGAGAUACGCGCUCUGGUCGGCGUCGUCUUUCAGGACCCAGACGACCAGCUCUUUUCGCCCAGCGUGUAUGACGACGUCGCAUUCGGCCCCAUUUACAUGGGUUUGCCCAGCGAUGACGUGGAAGCCCGCGUAAGUGAAGCCUUGUCGCAGGUUGGGCUGGAAGACUAUGGCGACAGAAUGCCCUUUCAUCUGAGCGGCGGUGAAAAAAAGCGCGCCGCCAUCGCGACCGUGCUGUCCAUGCACCCGCAAGUUCUCGCGCUCGACGAGCCGUCCGCCGGACUCGACCCACGUGCGCGGCGCGGACUCAUCCACCUCCUCGACCGGCUGGAGCAGACCAUCCUCGUCACCACGCACGACAUGCACAUGGUGAAGGAUAUAUUCCCGCGCUCAGUGAUCAUGGACGGCGGAAAGGUCGUCGCCGACGCGCCAACACAGAAAAUCCUUGCUGAUGAAGCGCUGCUCGAAAAACACGGGCUGGAGAUGCCUUAA